GCAGCUCAUCGCUUCUAAACAGAGGUCCUUCAAGUCCGGCGCAUGUUUUGUAUCCUCUCCUCUCAAAGCUUCUGACAACUGCCCAAAACACCGGUGUGUCACAGAAAAUGGUUCGUGGCCUCCUGGCUCCCAUACACUGAUUGCAUGACCCAGAGAUGUCUCGUCCUGCUCCGUCCCCCAUAUACACCCUGAGGGGGGCUGGCGGGCCCCUCAACACCCUCCAUUUUAGCUGCCAUGGAGGGGACACUCCCCUCCUAUUUUCUGGGUCAGGGAAGGGUGCCAUCCAUAUGUGGAACCUGAACACCAGGAGAGCGGAGAAGAUUGUAGAAGGUCAUUCUGGUAGCUCGGUCGUCUGGGUCAGCACACUGCAGGAGACACAGACCCUCAUCAGUCAGGGACGGGACAUGCAGGUCUGUCUUUGGGAUCUGAGCGAAGGCCGUAGUGAGGCGAUAGUCUCUGUGUGGACCGGCAGUGUUGGAUUCUGUCAGUGCUCCGUGCUGGAGACGGGCCCUGGGACGCGUCUGCUGGCCUUCGCUGGACAACAGACGGAAGAGAUCAAGAUUAUUGAGCUACCCAGCAAGACCCCAGUCUGCACCCUGGUACCAGACGCUAAGCUGGGGAUGGUCAUGUGUAUCAAAUUGUGGCAGCCAGACUCGGGUCACGGACCACUCCUGGUGGCUGGAUACGAGGACGGUUCCCUGUUGCUGUGGGACGUAACCCAGAGGUCCAUGCUGAGCCAAGCCAAAGCCCACCCUGAGCCCAUCAUGUGCCUGACCUUUGACCCCAAGUGUCUGAGGGGCGUAUCUGGCUCAUCUGACAAGAAACUCUCCGCCUGGAUGCUGGACAGACAGAACAACCUGCAGCUCCAGGACCAUGUGACGCUGGUCAACCCUGGGGUUUCCCAGCUGUGUGUCAGGGGGGACGGUAAACUUCUGGCAUCAGCGGGCUGGGACCAUCGGGUGCGGAUAUUCGGGUGGAAGAAGCUGCGACCGCUGGCAGUGCUUCAAUACCACACUGACAUGGUGCUAAGCGUGGCCUUCUCUGACCACCAGGAUCCCAGACAAAGACUGCUGGCUGCUGGAUCCAAGGACCAUCGGAUCAGCCUGUGGUCAAUAUACAACGAGGGAGCGGACACUGGCUGAGCACAGGAGCUCUGGGAGGACAUAUGGACUUCUAAUCAAUACUUUCUACUGAUGUUGGUACGGCCCCAAAUGGUGUCAGUGUCAGUUUGAUAACUGGACAAAUGGACUGUUAAUACAUUUGUAAGCAAUGCCCAUAAAUAACAAUGGCUAAUUCUUUGUUUUGUCAUGAAUCAUGUCAUUACAUGGGGAUUCCACCGUCUGACUGGACACCUACACUGCCCCUGGAGAGUUGUUUACAUUCCUAGGAUCCAGCAACCCGGUGAAAAAUACAGUAAUGAUAAAAAAGAAACUAACUAAAGAGGGUGGUUACUGACAUUUUU